GGCAGCAGCCCCUCGGGCCUGUAGGUGGAGCACUUGGCGAAGGCUUAGCCAGCUGCGGGAACUGCGAGCUUUCAGCGGGAGCCGAGACAGUGCGGGGCCCGAGAAACACCUUCCCUCCCAUACUGCGCCCCGAUGCUGCGCGGCCUGUGCCUGCCGCGCCCCUGGAGGCCCCUUUGGGCCCGCGGCUGCGCUUCCGACGGGGCGGCCGGGGGCCCCGAGAUCCAAGUGCGCGCCCUGGCGGGUCCCGACCGAGGAAUCACUGAGAUUCUCAUGAACAGACCUCGUGCCCGUAAUGCCUUGGGAAACGUCUUCGUCAGUGAGCUGCUGGAAGCUCUGGCCCAGCUGCGGGAGGACCGGCAAGUACGUGUCCUCCUCUUCAGAAGUGGAGUGAAGGGUGUAUUCUGUGCAGGUGCAGACCUGAAGGAGCGGGAACAGAUGAGUGAAGCAGAGGUGGGGGUGUUUGUCCAGCGACUCCGGGGCCUGAUGAAUGACAUCGCAGCCUUCCCUGCACCCACCAUUGCGGCUAUGGAUGGGUUUGCCUUGGGCGGAGGCCUGGAGCUUGCCCUGGCCUGUGACCUCCGAGUGGCAGCUUCCUCGGCCGUCUUGGGACUGAUUGAGACUACUCGAGGGCUCCUCCCGGGGGCAGGAGGGACUCAGAGGCUGCCACGCUGCCUGGGGGUGGCCCUGGCGAAGGAGCUCAUCUUCACCGGUCGACGACUGAGUGGAACGCAGGCCCAUGGACUAGGGCUGGUGAAUCACACUGUGGCCCAGAAUGAGGAGGGUGACGCUGCCUACCACCGGGCACGAGCACUGGCCCAGGAGAUCCUGCCCCAGGCCCCCAUUGCUGUGCGGCUGGGCAAAGUAGCCAUUGACCGAGGAAUGGAGGUGGACAUUGCCUCAGGGAUGGCCAUUGAAGGGAUAUGCUAUGCCCAGAACAUUCCAACCCGGGACCGGCUAGAGGGCAUGGCAGCCUUCAGGGAGAAGCGGCCCCCGAAAUUUGUUGGCGAAUGACCCCCAUUUAACCUUCAGCACGGGAGAUGCAUGCCCUGAAGAGCAGGAUCCAGAAGGAAGAUUUGCAGCUGGACUGCCCUCAUCAUUUCGCCUCUCCAGGCUUCCAAUUCUUCACAAGGAUGAUGAUGGAGAUAAAAUGGCUGGCGCGAUGCCUAGAACCAAGGUGCUGACCCUACCACCUACUGCUACCCUCCUUAGCUUGAUUAGACAUAAUCAAUAGGGUUGGAUUUGCUUUGGAAUAUGCCUCUCUCUACUUGAAUGAUAACGAAUUAAAAUAGAUCCCUCUGAGUCUUGGUAUUAUUGGCUCUCAGCCCCUGACCUCUCUCCUCUCAGUUAUCAGGCACUCAUCAGAGAUGUCAAGAGAUUUUAAGAUACUCCUAGUUUCUCCCCUUGGACCAUAGAGGUAAUAAACAAACUCUGACACUGGUUGACCAUGCAGACUGCAGAUCCCAGUCUCAGCUAGUCACUUGCUGUAUAACCUUAGACAAAUUGUUUCAACACUCUGGGCCUCAGCUUUCUCACCUACAAAAUGAAACUUGUGAAGAUUUAGCAAAAUAAAAACAUCUCAUUCAAUAA